UCCGAUUCGGACUCUUUUCCAGCUGCUUUCGAUACCAGCCUCUCGAACAACUUCACAACCGCCACAUGCCCCAACUUCUUCAAUUCUUUCCUUUCCAAUUCUACCAUCACCUCCUGUCAUGCCGUCUCCAUGCUCCUGCGUGAUUCCAGCUCUUUCUUCCAUGUUCUCACAUCGGCUACGCUGACCUCAGAACUCCUUGACACCGCAUGUGCCUCGAAUGUCACCGAUUGCGCGUCCAUUCUCUCUGCGCUCGCAGUCGAAUUGCUUAAGGAGGAUGUUUGCGGCAAGGAUUACUCUGCCGGCAAUCCCCUGGUCACCAAUGCGUAUACCGACAUGAUCACAUAUGAGCCACUUUAUCGUGCUACAUGUCUUCAAUCACCUUCGACCAAGAAUUAUUGUUUUGUGGAUGCGAUCAGUAAUACCACCAACUCCGCCGAUUACGAUGUUUACUUCCUCGCCUAUGGAAGCACUAUCUCCGCCUCCCCCUCGCCAACCUGCAAUAAAUGCCUUCAGGCUACUCUGGCUCUAUUUGCCACCUGGGCCGAGGUUGACGGCCAGCCCCUUGUCAAUUCUUAUAUACCUUCUGCUGAGGCUAUCAACACUGAUUGUGGGGAUAACUUUGCCAAUGUCAAUAUCACUGUCGGG